AUGGCGUCUAAGUUCUCAGGAGAGAGAGAUGAAAAGCUACGCACUAGAAAAGGUCAUGACAUGACAUGGUCAUGUGAUAAACACGGGGAGCCAAUCAAAUUUUACUGCAAAGAACACACAAUCCCAGUUUGUCACCCAUGCGCUACGAAAGAUCAUAAGCCGUGUGAACUAGACGACAUCGAGGAUGUCAUCUUGGAGAGGAGGAGGAUAUUGGAUGACAAGCAGCAGGAGAUAGAGGAAAUGAAGAAACAACUGAAAGCGCUUUCCUCUAAACUAAAUUACACUGUUACCUCUGCAAGUAACCAUUUUCAAUCAAUCAACGAUGAACUCAAGGUGGCAUUCGAAGACAAAUUGAAGAGUGUACAAGACAAGGAGAAACAAUCGAUUUGUUCGAUCGACGAGGAGGUGGAUAAAGAAAUACAAAUUAUUAACGAAAAGAGGGAAAGACGGAUCAAAUCAUGUCACGAAGAAGCAGAAAAGCAGCAACUACCCAUCAAAGAAAGCCAAGCAAAAUUCCUGUCAGAAACAAAGGCAAUCAGCGAGGUGGUUGCUAACAAGAUAAAAGAUCUCACAAGUAAGAAUCAGCGUGCAAUCAGCAACAUAGAUAAUGUUGAAUCCAAGGUCAAACAAAUAAAACAAGAUGACAAAACAAUAGUGAAUAAAGCCCCUCAAGUACUUGCAUUUCUAAAUGACAAUUUGAAUUUGAGUGUUCAUCAAGAUGUUAGCAACUGCCUUGAACGAAUAAGGAGCGAAGUGCAGAGAGUGAAGUUUGUCGAGGGUGAUGUAGGUGGGGAACACUACGGGAAAAUUGAUGGCUACAUCGGUAAAUGGGAGCUUGUCAAGUCAAUCCACAUUCCAUCGAUUGUUAAUAACCCAUGGGUGCGUGGUUUGAUCAGUGACGAUGAAAUAUGUGUGCGGGACUUAGAUAAAAAAGCAACGUAUGUUACAAAUAUCAGAACUGAAAACACAAAGAAAGUCAUUGAAGGAGAUAGUAGCAUGUAUAUUUCAUCAUGUGCCCCCAUAGACAGCAACGUAGUAGUAUGCGGUAAGUGGAGACGAAGCUGCAAGGGUGGCAGUUUGGAUGGAUUCAUCACUCUUUAUGACAGACAAUGGAAGGUGGUUAGAGACAUCAGCUUACCGAGGAAUAACCUCUCUAAUCAAGUACACGUUGAUGUUGACAGGGAUGGGAUGACCCUCGCUGCUCAGAACAAGCAGCCUAAUAUCUACGUCAUCAAUCCUGCUGAUGGUAAGAUAGUAAACACUAUUACGAUGCAGGGCAAGAUGGCGUGGGGUAAGAUACAAGCACUGUCAUCAGGUGAAAUCGUUUUGAAGACAGAUGAUAAUGAAUUCACUGUCAUCUCACGAUUAGGAGAAGAGAAGGCCGUCAUACACUCUGAUGAGUGGUUCGUACCAUGGUGUCGCGUUGACAAACUGACAGACACACUCUACAUCGCAUACUGGGAUAGAGAGCGUACUAUCUACGCAGUUGAUCAGGUGACACGUGACGGUACCAUCGAGGCACGGAGAAUUGUUGAAUACGAGCAUUCAGACCUGAUCAGCGAAAAUUACUUUAAACCAUGCCUAGUAGUUCCUAAUGGUUAUAUUGUAACUUGUGACGGAGCCAAGCUUUCAGUGUACAAGAAGAGAUUUAUUGUAUGA